AUAUUAGUUUGGAAUGUGAAACACAUAUAGAUGUAAUUAAAAAAAUCAAUUUAAUGUUUACUGAAUUAAAUGCACAAUUAAUAAAAGCUAUUGCUGUUGUAACAAAUAGUGCAGAAGCAUAUGCUGCUACUAGUAUAUUUAUAGAAACAGAACCAACUAAUCUUGAAACUUCUUCUUUAAGUAGUAUAAAUAAUUCAAGUUUUUCAAAAAUAAAUAAGCCUCCAAAGAAUGUUGAAGUAAAUGAACUAGCAAAAGAUAUUGAAAAUAAAUCUGCAAAGGAUAUUGAAAAUGAAUCUGCAAAAGAUGUUAAAAAUGAAUUUUCAGAUGAAGAAUCAGAUAGUGAAUUUCACUUUGAAAAUAAGGAUAUUGAUGAUGAAUAUAUGGAUGAAGAAGAAUAUUCCAUUAAUGAUAAUACAUAUCCCGUAGUUGAUACUAAUGCAAACAUAUGA